GUGGAUAUAUGGCGUGAGUGAAUCUCUAGACUGCAAAAGAUCUCCGUUAUUUGUUUUUGAGAAUAUAGACACGCUUGGUACGACGAGAGUAGAGAGACGAUAGGAUAUACGAGAUGUUCCUAACGAACGGCCCCACGGGGGGCAACGCGGUUGGCUUGGGCAAUGGGCAGGGGACGGGAAGCAACGGAAAAUCCAUUCACGAACGUGGUGCAGAACGGGGGAACCUGGGACAAGUACCACGGAGGCGGCGACAACGGCACGACGGGAGGUCGCGGGAACGGAUGCUACAACUGCGGGAAGCCCGGGCAUUUUGCCCGAGACUGUUGGGCGCGGAAGGCUCGGGGUGACACGAAUCCGCAAGGGGAUCCCGAAUUGGAGGAGAUCAAGGAGCACUUCCGAGCAAUGCAGAAGGGGAGAUUGGAGCUGGAAGAGAAGCGCAAGCUGGAAGAUGAGAAAAGGGCGAAGGAGGAGGAAGAACUUAGGAGGAACCUAGACUUUGGUCGUAAAGCUGAGGAAUUCAAACUACAACUACGCGCCGAACUGCUGGAGGAGUGGAGGAAGAACAAUCAGAUCGCCGAGAAAGCAAUGAUGAUGGACUCCGACGAAUCUCGGGAUCAGCGAACCCCCAGAGGGAGGAAAAAGAAGCCAGCGAGCAAACACAAGAAGGGUAGAGCGGUGAAGGGGAAAGGUGCGGUGGGAGAAACACCACCUAAGACGUUUGAGAGGGGUGAGUGCUCCGAGCCGGGGAAGACAGACCCGGGAGGGAACGGAAGGUUCCAUACUACGGAGAUCGUGAAGAACCACGCAGUCGGGGACGAGGCACGAGGCGAACCGAAGACGCCAUUGACGGGAAGCUACAAGGGGCUGGCAGCUGAAUGCUCCCAGAAAGGCCUCAUCGACUAUUGCAUUUCAGCACACAAGAUUUUUUCGGCGAAGAAGGCGGACGUGCUCGGGAGGAUUUGCGAGCAGAAAGGGAUAAAGUACACGACAAAGCCGGAGGUCGUGGAGAUCCUGGCUAGGCAACAGGUUCAGUUGGCAUAUGAUGACUUCGAGGAAGACCCGGGGGUGGUGAUGGGAGCAGUGAAGACCAAGGCUUUGGGAUCACCCCGGAAGGGGUUCACGAGGGAGCGGGAGACGAGCGGCCUGCCUACCCCGAGGAGGGUACCGCUGAUCAUCAGAUCAGCGUCGGAGCAGCCUACUGAUGACUCGGACUGACGGUGCCCGACCAACGCCGAAC